AUGGACGAUUGGAGGCAGCGCGUGAAGACAGUGCUGGAUGAAAUAUACGCCGUGGACCCGUACUAUGUACAGAGCAACGAGACUAGGCUCGUCAAUCAGGUCUCGUACGCGGACAUCGCCGCAGGUCGCACCAGUCCGAGCUCGAGGGGUUCCAGCCCGUUUAGAAACCCCCGCGACGAGGCUGUGCCCACGCCUCUGUCCAUUCAGGUGCUCAGACCCACCGCGCAAUUCUCCAGACCCGCGGAAGCGCCGAAACCUGUCGUCGAACCGGUUCGCGAUGACACUCCGCCGAACACGAGAGCGGAAACUGGCAGAGUGGAAGCUAGCAGAGUGGAGUCUGCCAGAGUGGAAGCUGGCAAAGUGGAAUCUGGCAGAGCGGAAGCUACCAGAGUGGAAAGUGGCAGAGUGGAAGCUGCCAGAGUGGAAGCUAUCAGAGUGGAAAGUGGCAGAGUAGAAGCUGCCAGAGUGGAAAGUGGCAGAGUGGAGACUGGUAGAUUGGAUACUGGUAGAACGGAAAUUGGCAGAGUGGAGACCGGUAGAUUGGAUACUGGUAGAACGGAAAUUGGCAGAGUGGAGACCGGUAGAUUGGAUACUGGUAGAACGGAAAUUGGCAGAGCGGAAGUUGGCAGAGCAGAAACUAGCAAAGUAGAGAGAAGCAAAGAUGAUCAAAAUAGGAUCGAAGAGCAGAUCGAACAGAAGGAGCCAGAGCCUAGAGUGGAGGCUAGGAGACACGUGUCCAAGGUGGAUUCCGUGGACUCCAGACUGAGGACUCAGUCGAGAAGGGCUGCUUCCGUUAGGAAGGAUAUCGCGGAGUCAGUCGGAGACUCCUCGGAGAGAAACUCGUCUGUGGAGGGUGAGAGUGGAGUGUCGGAUGUUCACAGGUCGCUGGAACACAGAAGGGAACCGCUGGUUCUUAAGAACACGCUGGCUCCCAAGGUGGAGAGGAGAGGGAGAUCGGCUAGCCCUAUAUGGGCGCCAGGUUCCACUUCCUACGCGGAUAUUCUUCGCGGAAACAGACAGAAUUCUCGCAGUCCUUCGGUGGAGACUGGCAAAGGGGCUCACAUGGUGGGUAGAGAGAUCAGGGAGACAGUGGUCGAGGAGUCCUCGGCUGAGACGACUCAGUCGGACAAGCUAGACUUCAGUGUACCUAGAGUGGAAGUGGAGGAGCAGGCAGAAGCACAGGAAGCUUCCGUGGAAGAACCGAGUAAAGAACUGGAAAGCAAAGCAGAGGACUAUCAACAGCCUGCUGCAGAGGUUGCGCCCGAAGUCGAGUCCCAAGUCGUGUCUCCCAUCGUGGAAACGCCAGAGAAGACGCCCGAAACUCAGACCAGCUGGGCAGACGAGAACAUGGAAGAUUACGUUCUGAUGAACGAGAAGAAUUACGAUAAAGUCUCGAGGCAACCGCAGCAGGUUCCAGAGGUCUACAAUUACAUACACCCGCCUAUUCCCGAGCUGGUGGGAUUCAUUGGGUCCCAAAUCGCGUACCCAGUGGGCUCCUACGUCUACAUGCCUGCUGCGCCGCCUCAGCAGAUAGCUCUACCUCAUUACCCGGACAGUCAGAUAACGUUUCCCACGGAACAAUUCGUGACACAGCCUAAUUACAUCCCUGAACCAGAGAUCUAUCAGCAGAGUCAGCUGCAGAAGCCAUCGCAGAGGCACUCGCAUCAGUCGAAAUUCAAGACCCCGCCAAAGAACGCGCCAGUGGUUGUACAGAACGUCGAAGAGAAAUGCUUGCCCAACAGAGCUGCUCUGCCUGCCGACGUCCAGACCACUGUUCAGACUACUGUUCAGUCCAAUGUUCAACCUGCUGUUCAACCCGCUGUUCAGUCUCCUGUUCAACCAGUGGAAGUUACCGAACCAGACAAACCAGUGGAACAGGAACAGACCAUGCAACAACCUGCCCAACAGCCCAUUCAACAGCCCACUCAACAAUCUGUCGAACAACCUACUCAACAACCUACUCAACAACCUAUUCAACAACCCAUACAGCAACCUGUACAACAACCUGUACAACAAUCCAUACAGCAGACUCCAUCGAGCUCAGAGAGCACCCCGGUUAAGCAAAAGAGCGGUACAUCCAGCGAGAGCAAGGCGUUCUCCUAUGCUCAGAUCCUGUCCCAGGGUCUAACUGCCAAGCCGAUAACGACUGUCAGUAGCUAUACCCCAACGACGACGACGUUAACCUCGAAAGAGGUGAAAGAACGAUCCUAUUCACCGGUGAACUCGACCACGUCCUCCGUCCACGAAACGAGUCCAUCUCAAGAAACGAGACAGACCCGAGAGUCGUCGAUUGGUAAACAGGAAAGCGCGUGGGACAUGUCUAAGAAGAGGGAGGCCAGGAAAACUCACCAGGAUGCGCCGAAAUCGAGGAUUCCGGAGAAGAGAGCUCGUAGAUCGGAGCAGCCCAGAGAUAGACAUCAGAAGGAGAAGUUCAGAGUCAACGCGGAUCAGCAGAGACCAAUAUUCGAGACCAAGGACGAAAUCGCCAUAGAAGAGACAGUUCUUCCCAAGAUGCCUCAGAAGAGCAACGAGGCUGAGACUCGAAAGGAAAAGGCGGAACCAGAGAAGGUAGCCGAGGUCGAGAAGCCGAAGAGAGCUGAGACUCAGAAGCAAGAGGAGAGAGAGGUCGACGAGGGAAGAGAGGCUGAGGUCGUGCAGAGAAGCAGCUCUCAAGAGAAGAAACGAAAGGGAAAGAAGAAGAAGGUCGAGAAGACGAUGGACGACGAGAUAGACAAGGCUCUGAAGGAGAUCGAGGACAUGGACAAGCAGAAAAAGAGGGACAAGUCCAAGGAACAGGCUAAGAUCAGAAACGUGGCUCAACCAACGCCAGAGAAGACGAAGGAAGAGAGCGAGAGGAGAAACGUGAGACCCGGUGAAAGAGAGAAGCAAGGCAAGUCUAAGCUGGAGAAGGUUAGAGACGACUCCGAGGCUUCCGUGACUCGUCAGAACGCGAGAGAACAGAGCAAAGACGAGAAGGACUCCGAGAGGAAGAAGGACGACACCAAGAAAGAGAAGGAGAAAGAAACAAAGACUGAUUCUCGCAAGAUCGAGCAAGAGAAAGCGUCUGAAAGCAAGCUCGAUUCCUCCAGUGAAACGAAGAAGCUCGAUGCGAAGGAGGAUAAGCCUCAGAAGGAACCUGCCUCGAGGAAGAAACACAAGGGCAAGGAGCAGUCUGGCGUAGCUAAAGAGAAAGCUGCCAGGGACAACGCGAAACCACCGAAGAUUGAACACGAAGCUGAGCAAAUUAAAAAGCCCCUCGAGGACAAACCUGAAAUUCAAACAGAGAAGAUCGUUAAACCCGUGACAGUGAAAGCCGUUGAAAAUGUAGAGCACUCUAAGGAGCCAAUAAGGUCGGAGAAAACACCCGAAGAUAAACCAGUCUUAACGGAAUCGAAAGACAAAUCCCGAAGCGAGUCGAAGGAAAAAGACUCGAGAUCAAAGGAGCACGAAAAAUCGAAAAAGGGAAGGAAGCAAAGACAAGAGAACGUACCAGAAAGACUAGAUACUGUAAAAGACCAGAAGCCUAGGAAACAGAGUCAACAGAGAGAGGAGAAAAAGGUAGAUCAAUCGAAGCAGAAGAAACCUGACGAUAGAUCAGAGGCAAUGAAAAAUACAAAAUUAGACGAGAAAGAAGAGAUUAAAACUGAGACCGAUGCAAGACCAUCUAAAGAUAGCAAAGAUAGAAUUAAAACGAGUGGCAAAGAAAAAGGGAAGAAGGAGGAAAUGAAGGAAUAUAAGAAGGAAGACGCGAAACCGGAAGUGCCACAGAAACUGGACAUCGAGGAGGAGCAGAAGGCUGUAAUCAGCGCGCUAGAUCGCGCGAUAGAGUCCGCGAUGGAGACCAGCGAAGUCGCGAAAUUCGUAGAAAAUAUAUCCACGAAGUCGAACACGUUGGAGGAAAGUACAACGAAAGAAGAAGCGAGAGAUAAACGCGAGAGAAGGCAGGAUAAAUCCGUGGAGAAGAAAGUGGUCGACGGCGCAGAUUCGAGGAAAGAUUCUGCGCCGAGAGAGGAGAAGAGGAGAGCAGCUGAGUCGGAGAAACAGACGAGGAAAGGUGGAAAGAAGUCUAAAAAAGAAGCGGAUGCCAGACAACAGACGUCUGAAAUAACAGAAGCUUCCAAGAAAGAAGACAAGAGGCCUGUCGAUGAAUCAGUUGUUAGGAAAGAAUCGGUAAAUAGCGAGAAGGCUGUUGUGGAAGAACCGAGGCAGGAAUACUCGAAAUCCGAACCUGUCGUGUCAACUACGCUGCAGUCGGAGAAGAAAAAGCGCAAGAAGUCUAAAUCCCCGAAGAAAGAGCGGAAAGAAGAAAGUUUGAAACCAGCAAUGCCAAUGGAAGAGAAAGAGAAACCGGAGAAGGAAGAAAUAAUUGAACAAGAAGUAACGAUUAAAUCGGAAGAAAAGGUUGACACGAUUGACAGAGCCGGACAAAUAAUGUUGGAAGAAACGAAACAAGUAAUUACCGAGAUUAAGGAAGAAAUCAGUGUACUGCAAACUGAAGAAAAGGAAGAAGAGAAUAUCAUCCUUAACGUAGCAGACAAACCUGAAGCUCAUCCUGAUACAGAAAAUAUAUCAGAAAAUAUAUCCGAACUGACAAUCAAAAAAUCUACAGAAAGCGUCGAAAUAUCCACAGACACGGGCAAAGAAGAGAUUCCAGAAGAGUGGAAAGUCUCCGAAAAGGUUGAGACCACUGACGCGAAGAAGGAUACAGAAUCUUCUCUUCCUGCAGCUCCCCUAAAGACCGAGACCCAAGAUCCCGAGGUCCAAGAACCAGAGCCAAAGGUCGAAGCUGCAGAGACACCGUCCAAGUCGAAGAAAGCCAGCAAAUCGAAGGAAAAGAUACCACCGUUCACCACAGUAGAGUCCAAGCAAGAGUCUAAACCCGGUCAAACGAACACACCGAAGUCUGACAAGAAGAAGAAGAAGAAACAAGAGUCGAAAGACAAAGGCACAGUAGGAGCUGCACAGACAGGACCAAAGACACUCACCGAAAAACCCGACACUGACACGAAACCAAUGAAAGAACCAGCUAAAACCGAGACAGUUAAGGUGGAAGCUGGACAAUCCGCCGAACCAAAAGAACCGCCAUUAAUACCUGAAACUCCAUUAACAGAGCCUGAAAAAGAUUCCACUAAACCACCCGAAGGAACCCAAACACCCGACGAAUCGUUAGCUCCGUCACAGGGCCUGCUCGAACGACCGAGCACAGAGGAAGACGUGUCAAAGAGUGAAGAAGUGUUAAACGUUUCUGACACGGGUUCGCCGAUCGAAGCGCCACCUUCGACGGCAGCAGGCAAAGCGUUGAUAAUCGAAAAGACGGUGACCACGGUGACUACCACCACCAGCAUGCCCGGGUUUGUCCAAGUGAAGCCACCGAACGUGACAUCUACGAAAUCCGUAGAGAUCUUAGAAAGCAUCCCCAUACCCAAGAUCGUAGGCUCCAAACCCACCGAACUAAUCACCCUGCGUCCUGAAACGGUAGAGGCUAGCCUGACCACCAGAUAUGCUAGGGUAGCGGACGAUUCGAGCAUCGGUGUCCCCUCGAGAGCGUUGUUAGAGACUUUAGCCGAGUGUAGGCAGCCGAAUUCGGAUUACGCGGUGUAUAUCGAGGGUCUCGGUGAGCACGAUGAGCCGGUUCUCUUUGGUAGCGUUCAGGAUAGGAAGAGAGGUCGCGCCGGGACUCCCUCGUCGGCGAGAGCUGUAGGAAACGUGAAAGACGAAUGCGAGAUGGGAAUGUUAGAGAAGGCGAAGGGAGAAAAGGUUUCGCAGGGUAAAUUGGACAAAGUGGAAGGUAAGGUCGAGGAGAGUAGGAUCACGUCUAGAGAGGAAGUCGAUGGUUCGCAGGAAGUUAAGGUUCAGGGAGAUAAAGAUGCGAAUGGGUUAGUGGGAGAAAGUAAAGUCGCGGAUAAUAGGCAAGCGCCGAGUGAAAGAGAAGUGGAAGAGUGGUCUGCCAUUCUUAGACAGGGAGAGGAGAGGAGAGUGGUACAGCUGCUGGAAAUUGAGAGCGAAGCAAUUCCAGUUGAAGAAAAGGUAAUUGAUUUUGAAAAGCAAGUUUCUGGUAAGGUUGAGGAUUCGAAGGUUGAUGUUAGAGAAGCUGAAAUUGAAACAAAUCUAGGGGUAGUGAAGGUAGCUGACUCUGAAGAGAAAUUAGACAUUUCUGCUAAAGUUGAGAAUAUUAAACUAGAAAUUAAAGAAGUUGACAGUAAAAUACCAUCAGUUGAAGGAAAAACGCCUGCCUCUGAAGAACAGUUAGAUAUUCCUGCUAAAGUUGAAGACUUCAAACUGGGAAUCAAAGAAGUUGACAGUAAAACACCAUCAGUUGAAGAAAAGACACCUGUCUCUGAAGAACAAUUAAAUAUUCCUGCUAAAGUUGAAGAUUUCAAACUAGAAAUCAAAGAAGUUGACAGUCAAACACCUUUGGUUGAAGAAAAAUUAGAUAUUCCUGCUAAAGUUGAAGAUUUUAAACUAGAAAUCGAAGAAGUUGACAGUCAAACACCUUUGGUUGAAGAAAAAUUAGAUAUUCCUGCUAUAGUUGAAGACUUUAAACUAGAAAUCAAAGAAGUUGACAGUCAAACACCUUUGGUUGAAGGAAAAUUAGAUAUUCCUGCUAAAGUUGAAGAUUUUAAACUAGAAAUCGAAGAAGUUGACAGUCAAACACCUUUGGUUGAAGAAAAAUUAGAUAUUCCUGCUAAAGUUGAAGAUUUUAAACUAGAAAUCAAAGAAGUUGACAGUCAAACACCUUUGGUUGAAGAAAAAUUAGAUAUUCCUAUUAAAGUUGAAGAUUUUAAACUAGAAAUCAAAGAAGUUGACAGUCAAACACGUUUGGUUGAAGAAAAGACCUCUGUCUCUGAAAAACAAGCAACAAUUCCUGUUACAGUUGAAGAUUCUCAGCCAGAAGUGAAAGAAAUUGAAAGUAAAGGAGUUCUGGUUGAAGAAAAGACACCUGUCUCUGAGAAACAAGAAGUUCCUGUUACAGUUGAAGAGUCCCAAUCAAAAGUUGAAAGUAUCGCAACUCUGGUUGAAGAAACGGUAGUAUCAACCUCUGAAAGACAAGAAGAAGUUCCUGUUCCAGUUGAAGCAACUAAACUGGAAACGAAAGAAGUUGAAAAUGUUACAACUCUGACUGAAGAAAAGACGCCUGUCUCUGAGAAACCAGAAGACGUUCCUAUUUCAGUAGAAGAAUCUAAACCAGAGACGAAAGAAGUUGAAACUAAACCACCUGUGAUGGAAGAAAAGAUAGAUGACUCUGCGAAAGAAACAAAUGUUCCUGUUAAAGUGGAAAAGUCUAAGUCAAAAUCGAAGAAAGUCGAAGAUAAAGCAGCCCUGGUUGAAGAAAGUGUAACUAACUCUGAAAGUGAAAUAAAUGUUCCUGCUAAAGUUGAAGAUUCUAAGUCAAAAGCUAAAGAUGUGAUUUCGUAUUACAGAGACUUGAUUCAACCCUAUUGGGUGAAUCGUCGUGCUUACUUGGAGGCUGAAGUGAACUUCCACCGUCGUUUCAAGAUAGUGAAAGUGGUGGAAGAGAACGUAGUCGUUUCCACGCCUGCAAGGCCGGAGAGUAUGGAAAGAAUUGUGAAAGAAUCGAUUAUGAAGGAAACAAAAGAAAGAGAAGUGAACCCGAAAGAAAGAAUCGUUGAAGAAUCGGUCAUGGAAGAACGAAAAGAGGAAGAAAAGAAACCAGAAGAAAGAAGUGUCGAAGAACCGGCUAUAAAGGACUCUAAAGAAGAAGAAAAGAAACUAGAACAAAUAAUUAUUGAAGAACCGAUUAUGAAGGGACCUAAAGAAGAAGAAGCGAACCCGAAAGAAAUAAUUCUUGAAGAACCAAUUGUGAAAGAGCCUAAAGAAGAAGAAGUGAACCCGAAAGAAAUAAUUCUUUUAGAAUUAAUUAUGAAAGAGCCUAAAGAAGAAGAAAAGAAGCUAGAAGAAACAAUUGUUGAAGAUUCUGCCAUAAAGGAGACUAAAGCAGAAAAGAAGAAACCGGAAGAAGUAACGCUAUCUGAAUCCGAACGCAGGAAGCUUGCACUUCUGAACGAAACUUUGAAGUAUCCUAUUACGAGGUUCUACGACUUCGAAACUGAAUGGGUGAAGUCUAAGCAGCUUAAACAGAAAGAAAUUACACCUGUUCCUCUGGAAGAACUUAAACCGACAAGUGUCGAAGCUGUAAAGGAAACGGAACAAAUUUGCGUAGAGGAAAGAUUACCAACGAGCUUGGAAGAAGUUAAACCAGCUUUGGAAAGUAGUAUCGAAGAAGACACUGUAAAAUCCAUUGCAGGAGUCGCCACUGAAAUUAAUUCGACGGAGAUUUUGAUUCAAACCGCAGCCCUUAUCGAAGACGUGAAUAGGCAGCUUAAUACGAUAAAGAAAGAGAGGGCGGAACAAAAUAUGAUGGCGGAAAAUGUGGGAGAAAAGAAAGAGGAGAAGAAGCUUGAAAGUAAGAAAACGGAAGAACAAGUAUCGAAUAAAAAAUCGAAAAUGGAAAAAUCGAAGAAGGAAAAGCAGUCGAAAGCUGAGAAGGCUAAGGCUAAGAAGGAAAAAGCUAAGGAGAUUCUUGAGAUUUCUGAAAAAGGAACUGAGAAGAUAGAGAAGGAAGUUGCACCAAAAGAAACAUUGAUACAACCUAAAGUCGAAGAGAAACCUAAGCUCGAAGAAGUAAAAGAACCUAAAGUCGAAGAAGAAGUAAAAUCUGAGAUUCAGAAAGAAGCAAAACUUGAAGUCGAAGAAGUAAUACAACCUAGAGUCGAAGAAGUAAUACAACCUAAAGUCGAAGAAGAAAUACAACCUAAAGUUGAAGAAAUAGUAGAACCUAAAAUAGAGGAAGAAAUACAGCAGAAAAUCGAAGAAAUAAUACAACCUAAAGUCGAAGAAGAAAUACAACCUAAAGCUGAAGAAACGAUAGAGUGUAAAAUUAAAGAAGAAAUAAAGGUUGAAAUUGAAGAGACGAAACCUGAAGUCGAAGAAGCAAUAGAAUCCAAAGUCGAAGAAACAACAGAAUCAAAAGUGGAGGAAGUUGUACACCCUGAAAUGAAAGAAGAAAUAAAAUCUAAAGUCGAAGAAGAAGUAAAACCUAAGCUCGAAAAAGGAGUAAAACCUAAAGCCACGGAAAAAGCAAAGUCUAAACCUGGAAAAGAGGCGAAAUCUAAAGUCGAAAAAGAAACGAAGCCUAAACUCAAAGAAGAAGCGGAGCCUAAGAUCAAAGAAGAAAUAAAACCUGAAGUCGAGGAAGAAACGAAGGCUGAAAUCCAAUCUCCAGAAUCAGAAAAACCAGCAGAGAUAACCAAGUUUGGCAAAGGCAAGAAGAAACAACCCAGACAAGAGGAAACGAAAGAAAAAUCUACUUCAGACAGUCUACUUCAGGUUUUGCCUGAACAAAAACCUGCUUCCGAGAAGAAGAAAGUCUCGAAAGAAUCAAAGAAAAAGGAGGAUCUCAAAGAAACAAGCAGAAAGAAACAAUCAAGCGCAAACGAGAUCGUGGAACUCUUGUCUCAAGAAUCUCUCACUAUCACAGACGAAACAGAGAAAUUAAUAAAUGGUAAAUUACCCGAGGAAAUAUUCGAGGAAAAAGAAGCCGAAAUUAUAGACUUCCACGCGAUUCAAUCUCCGAUGAAAGAAGCAAACGAUAAACCUGCCGAGAAGCCCACGAAAGAAGAAGCAAAGAGUCCAACGAAAUCAGGGAAACAGAAACAGUGGAAGGAAAAACUCGAGACCAAAACAAAAUCUACGCCAGAGCAGGAACCAACGAAACAAGAAAAGGAUAAACAAGAAAUCGGUUCUCCAGACUCAAAGAAGAAACGUGACAAGAAACUGAAGAAAAUGAACGAAGCGACAGCCUCGGCUCUCCAAGAAACUACGAUCGAGGUUGCUCCAGAGGACGACAAAGCGGAAGAAACUCAGCCAGAAGUUAAAGAAAUACCCAAAGAAGAUAUCCAACCAUCCGUGGGUCCCAAAUCGUGGGCCUCCGUUGUGGGCAUGAAAGGAACCACCGAACCAACCAAUCUCCCAGCAGAAAACUCGCAAACCACGAAAUUAACUCCUCAAGAACCAGCGAUGGAAUCACCAAAAUCAGAGAAAAUCGAGCAAACGAUGGAACCCGUGUCUGAGAAACCACAGAGUCCAUCGGCACAACAGAAGCCGACGAAACAGCAGAAGAAGAAAGAUGCUAAGCAAGAGAAGACUAAUAUGGAAACCAAGGUGUCUUCCAUUGACGUAGAAACCACUGACAAAGAAUCUCCGAAGACAAUCAUUUCCGAGGAACUGAAGAAAAUUGAAGAAUCCCCAGAGGCUGGCAAGGAGUCGAACAAAUCGUACGUUCAGGUGGCAGCCUCUAAACGAACAUCUCCGCAAUUGAAUCAGGAAGAGACAGUAAUCCUCAAACCAAUUCCUCUAGUUGCUGACGUCAACUUAGACAAAGUGAUCGAAGAUAAAGAGAUUGCAGAAGAAAAAGCGUUAGAGAUCACGGGAGCUUCGAAAAUUGAAGAAGAAAUACCAAAGUCUGAAGAAACAACGGAUAAGAAGCCCGAUGAAGAGAGUCUGGAUAAAGACAUGCUCAAACUAGAACCGGUGUCAUGGGUGGAAGAGAUCGAGAACGAAGCAGUGGUGGAAGAAAUCUCUUCUGCAUUUGCUAGUCCGCUAGUGACGGAGCCAGGGACUCCUCAGAAGGCGUCCAAGGACUCGUGGGCUGCCAUAGUCGGCAAGGGUGUCGAGCAGAUGGAAGCAUCGCCAACGAACGAGAAGGUCUCUGCGAAGAAAGAACAACCCAUUGAGCAGCAUCCUCAAGUGCAGAUCUACGUGGAGGAAACUCCAGAACCGGUGCCUAUCGAGGAGGUGGUUCAGAUAGACGAGCAAGGCUUCAUAGAGUUCGUGAACAAGAAGGAACUGCGAUCCAGGCGAUCCAGAUCGCGCUCCAGAAGCGUCAGACGGGACGAGUCCUCGAAGCAGUCGAGUGACAAGCCUGUGAAUCCCGAAGAAAUCCUGGCGGAGGAGCAGAAGAAGGAAAGCGCGCAGAAAGUAGACGAGCAGAGGAAGAAGGAGACAGGAAAAGGAAAGGAAGAAAAGUCUAAGAAAGAGAAACGCAAGGAGAAAGCUCAGAAGGAAAAGGGUAAAACGAAGACAGGUGAAGUUGAGGAAGCAGCGGAUGUGAAGGAAGUUGAAGAAGAGACGGUGGAACAGGUGGCUGAACAGAAGACGCAGAAACAGGCAGAGAAGAAAGACAAGGGCAAAGGUAAAUCGAAGAUGAAGGAAGUUGGUACAGUCGAGACUAAAGAAGCAUCACUUCCUGAUGAGAAAGUGGAAGAGAAGUUAGAGGAAAAGGUGAAAGAAGAGAAAGAAGAAACACUAGUUGUUAAGCCUGAGACUUUAGAAGAAAAUAAAAUAAUGCAGACAGAUAGAAAGAAUCCUAAGACAAUGAAAGAUGAAACAAAGGAACAAUCUGCGAGUGGUUCGAGGAAGAAUAAGAAGUCGAAGAAAGGAAAAGCGGAGAAAGAACAGCCUAAGGAAGAAACUGAAACCAAGAUGGAUGCCACUCUAACUUCGGAACUGGAAGAGCAACCGAUAGAAGAAAUGACGACGAAACUAGAAUCUAUUGAAAUCAAAGAAGUCGAGGAAGAAAAAGGAAGAGAUACUAAAUCUACCGAGUCUGAGGUUGCUAUAAAACCUGUGCUCAUUCAAGAGAAGAAACGUGAGAAAUCAAUGGAGAAACGCAAAAGGAAAUCUAAGGAGAAGAAAGUAGAUGUCGCACCGAGUCAGGUCACUGAAACGCCAGUAAGUGAGAAGAAAAUGGCCGAACCUGAAAUCAAAGAAGAGAUACAAACGGAUAAAGUAAAAGAAGAAUUAUCAAGUGUAACAGAUGAUACUGUCUGUACUAUAGUGAAUAUCAGUGAAGAGAAGAAAGAAGAGAUAAUAACAGUAAGUGAGAAAGAAGAAGCACCUGUGUCUCCGCAAACACCUGUCGAAGAAACGAUUUUGGAAAGCAAGCCAGAAGAAACAGACAGUGAAGAAAAAGGAAAAUCGAAGCUUUUGAAGAAAGAAAAACGAAAGCAGAAGAAGAGAGAAAAGUCAGCUGCACGAACAGCCACUGAAGAACGAGAGAAAUUGAAAGACGAGAAACCGGAAGCGAUGUCUUCUGAGAAGAAGGAAGAAAUAGAUACAACAGUCACAACCCCGGAAGAAAUAAAGUCAAUAGAACCUACAGAGACCAUCACGUCUGAUGAAAUUAAACAGCAAAUAAAAGUCGGUGAAAAAUCCAAAGAAAUUGAAGAAUUGAACGUAACUAUUUCUGAAGUGACUGAAGAAAUUAAGCUUGCAUCAGAAACUGUGCCUGAAGCAGCAGUACUCAAGGAAGAGAUAAAACCAAGCGAAGAUAAAAUCGAAAUGACUACCGAAAGUGCAAAAGAAGCUGAAAAAUUGAACCUAAUCAGUUCUGAAGUAAUUACCGAGAUAAAACUUGCUCCGGAGACUGUACUUAAAGCAGCAACUAAGAAAGAAAUGAAACCGAAGGAGAAGAAAGUCGAGGUGACUACUGAGAGUACGAAGGAAGCUGAAAAAUUGGUUGCAAUCGGUCCCGAAGCAGUUACCGAUGAAAUAAAACUUGCUCCAGAGAUUGUACUCCGAAGAGAGAGCGAAGAGAGAGCCAAGUUACCGGAAACGACUGAAGAAAAGGAAGAAAUCCUGACAGAAACGAAAACUAUUGCUGAAGAAAUAGCAGAAACACCUAAGGUACUACCACCUAAGAAGACAAAAGAUGUUAAACAGAAAGAACCAACGGCAGCUUCCAAAGAAAAAUCAAAACGCAAGGGCAAACAGGCAAAGGAAGCUAAACGCGAAGAGCAAGAAGCAGCAACUAAAUCUGCAGCUGAAGAGUUGCAAUUAAAGGUUGAGAAAGACUUUGAAAUAUUAAGCAAAGAUUCUUCUACUGAAGUUGCGAAAGAUAAGGUCGACCAAGUGAAAGAUUCGAAGAUAGAAGACGAAGAAAAGUUAGAAGGAGACAGGGAGUUUAAAAAGUUAGAGGUUGCUGAAGAUCUGGUGACUGAAGAUAUUAAGAAGGAUGAGAAGGAAGCUAAGGACACGACAGAGCGGACAGCUAUUCUCGUGGAACAAGUCGUCAAAGAGGAAAAAUCAGAACAGGUACCUACCGAAGAUAAAGAAAACGUUGAUGCUGAGAAAAUUGAAGAAAUUUGGAAACCUGAGCUUGCAGAAAAGGAAUUUACGAGAGAUGGAAAAUCUAAACAGAAGAAGACCAAAGACAAACGACAGAAAGAUACAACAGGGCAAGAAAUUAUUCUUAAGGAACAGGUAGAAGAAAAGGUAGAGCAGGUACCUGCGAAAGAUGAAGAAGAGCUCGAUAGUCCGGAGAUAACCGAAGAAGUGCCGAAAGCUCAUCUUGCGGGGAAGAAAGUUGAGAAAGAAGAAAAAUCAAAGGCGAAGAAAUCUAAAGAUAAACGACAGAAGGAUACAACGAAGCAGGAAGCUGUACUUAAAGAACAGGUAGAAGAAAAGGUAGAGCAGGUACCUGCGAAAGAUGAAGAAGAGCUCGAUAGUCCGGAGAUAACCGAAGAAGUGCCGAAAGCUCAUCUUGCGGGGAAGAAAGUUGAGAAAGAAGAAAAAUCAAAGGCGAAGAAAUCUAAAGAUAAACGACAGAAGGAUACAACGAAGCAGGAAGCUGUACUUAAAGAACAGGUUACCAUAGAAGAAAAAGCGGAUCAGACUAAAGAGCAAGAAGAAAAGAUCGAUAGUUCACAGAAGACUAUAGAAGAUUCGAAAGCUCAUUCUGCUGAAAGGAAGGUUCCGAAAGAAGAAAAAUCUGAAGCGAAGAAGUCUAAAGACAAACGACAAGAUGUAGUACAGCAGGAAAUUGUUUCUAAAGAAGAAACUGUCACGGAAGAGAAGACGGAGCAACAACCUAGUAGAGAUGAAGGAAGGGUAGAAGAUUCCGUAGAAAAGGAAGUCACGAAAGAAGAGAAACCUGAAAUAAAGGAAACUAAGGACAAAAUGGAAGACAUGACAAUGCAGGAAGCUGUUCUUGCAGAGCAGAUUGUUGCAGAAGAAAAACCAGAAGAGAAGCUAGAAGAAGCUUCUAUCAAAGACCAAGAGACAAUCGAUGUUACACAGAAGACUGAAGAAAGUCCAAUACCUCCUGUCACAGAAAAUAUUGAAGAAAAUCCCAAAGCCCUUUCUACAGAAGAAGAAGAAAUCACGAAAGAAGAAAAACCGAAAAUGGAGGAAACUAAUAAAGAGCAAAUUGUUGCAGAAGUAAGGCCAGAAGAAAAGUCAGAAGAAAAGCCAGAAGAAACUUCUAUGAAAGAUCAAGAGACAGUCGAUAGUCCACAGAGGACUGAAGAAAGUCCAAUACCUCCUGUCGCAGAAAAGGCUGAAGAAAUACCAAAAGCCCUUUCUGCGGAAGAAGAAGAAAUCAAGAAAGAAGAAAAACCGAAAAUGAAGAAAACUAAAGACCACCUGGAAGAUAUUCUUAAGAACGACGAGAUGAAGAUAACCGAGCUACUAGCUAUGGAGGAACAAACGUUAGGCAGACCCUCUGAAGUCGAGAAAGACCUAAUAAUUCCGCUCGAAACAAAACUCGAAGAAACCAUCAAACCUAUCGUAGCGAUUCCAAAGGACAUACUAAAGGAACCCAUGAAACUCGAGAAGGAGAAAGCAACAACGGAAGAAAUCGAAGAGAUACAUCCAGAAAUCGUGAAAGAACUGGAAAGCAUAAUCCAAGAACCCGACCAGGUGCCUAUCGAAAGGCUGCUAGACGAAAUCGAGUCCCCCAUGACGCUAGACUCCAUUCAGCAACUAGAAACCGAGGAAGAAUUCGAGAAGUGUAUAUUAAGCGAGCCAGAGAUAGAGACAGUAGAUAUCGUGAUCGAACCAGCGAAACCCAAAGUACAGUUCUACAUAGCCGACGAAAUCCUAGUUCUGAGUCCCGAGAAGAAGAAACCCAUACAGACCCCUCUGAUCUUGAAAACCUUCUCGGAGCUCAGUAGGUCGAAAUUCCUCUCUUUAGACAGCGGAUUCUGGCCUGAUAAGCACCCCUAUCACGAAGCAGAGCGCUACCUAUUCGAGAACCUAGCUAACUAUCCUAGAGAGAAGCCGUCGGCUGGCUCGAAACGCGGUCCCAACGACCAUGACGAUUUCAACGGUGGUCGAGACGGUGGUAGCCUUAACGAUCGCGGCGGCAACGGUGGCCCUUUGAACUCUUAUUUCGUGGGUGGACCUCACACCGAGCGUCUGAUCGCCGAUCUCCCGGGUGGUAUAGGUAGUUGGAGCGAUUACAGUACUUACUUGUCGAGCGAGAACGAGCAGAGAACGGAUCAGCAGACGGAGCUGGUCCGGGAAAAGAUCGAGAACCCGGUGUUAGACUUAGCCCAUCCUGUAGACCAACUCGUUUCCCAAUUAUCCUCCAUCCAUCUCGAGGACGACCAGUCCAUCUCGAAAUUCCAAGACCCGUCGUUGGAGUCUGUCCCGACGACAUCGGACAACUUCGAGGAGAAUAAGUCGCUGUCCGCUGUCGGGUCGCUCGUUUCCAGCGAGCCACCCUCGGAGUUAGGUCACGCGGAGGCGGUGAGCCCGGUCCAACCGGUUGAGUCCAUCCGUUCCGAUCCACGCGAACCAUCCCCGACGCCAAGCAUCCCUGACCACGACCCAGAUCCCAAGGAACAUUUAGGUAGAGAAAGAGGAUCGAUGCAGCGGCACACUCCAAUCUUGGAGACGCAGAGAGAGACGGGGGUAGCUGAAGAUGAGGCUGAAAAGAGGAUACGUGGGAUCAAGGACAUCAUACAGGAGCGACUGUUGGUUUUACAGCUGAGUCUGUCGAACCUAAAAGGAACAUAUUUACCGCGAGAUAGCAUAGAUUCCAUGCUAGCCGCACUCACGAGCCUGUUAGCCGAGCUACAAACGUACGAUCAAGAAGUGUGUCAGUUGGAAGAGGAGCUGCGGAAGAUACCAGCCGAUUUCGAAGCGCAGAAGCUUCUGUCGAACCUAGAAGAGGUUCAGAGUCGCAUAGCCACCCUGUUGACGCAGGUGGAACAAGGUCGAGCCACUCUAGAGGGUGCACGCAGCCAGCACGAGCAACGCGGCCAUGAUAUUCUCACGUACAAGAAAUUCCUGGACGAAACGGACAGCUGGCUGAAGAAUAUCGUGGCCAGCAUGAAACAGGAACAAUCGAUCAUCACGAGCAAGGCUUUGCAGGAUGAGCUGAGCAGUCACGCGCAGCGGGUGUCGGAGCUUGAAUCGCUGCCAGAGAUCAGCACGCUGGCAAAGGUCCUGAAGAAUGCGCUGUUGGAGGUGAUGUCGCGACUGCAGCAAGGGCAGCAGGAGCUCUGCGACGAGGAGGCGCGAGCCGACGAAACGUCAGACCGAGAUGACGCUACCCUAGAUCAAGCACCCUCGAUUCACUCGUCCCUCGAAAGUAGCAUGCCAUCUCUCGCUGACGUUUCUCUGCAAACGGGCCAGAGCUUGUUAGCGAACGACGUAGUCGAGAAACCGCAGCAACUCAGCAAGCAAACCUCCGCCAACCUAAUCCCGGUCUCAGCCGAGUGUCACUCGUUGACCACGCAAACCGUGGACACGAUGCACCCCGGCGCGGAGAACCUCCAGACCCAGGAAGCCAUAAAGAUCGUGAAGACCACCGAGGGAGACCACGACGUGAUCGAGAUAGCCACGAAGAACGUACCCUCGACUUCCGGCCAGGAAACGGACCCAGAGCGGCCUGACGCGAUAACCGAGGACAUCGUGGUCGACAUGAAGUACCAGGACCCGAAUAAGGACAACACCACCAGCGAAUUGAACAUCGUUCACGCGGCACCGCAGUCGUUCGAAACGGUGUUAGUAGAGCCAGACGACGUGACUACCGAAGUGGUAGUGGACGAGGAUGGCUCGAAGAGGAUAAUAGUGAGGAAACUGAGACGAACAACGGUGACCAGCAGACAAACCACUCAGCAACACCUGUCUUCCAUGUCCACUGCGAUCGGAGACGCCCCAUCCGUGGUCCACGCGUUCUCAGAGGCCACCAUGAGGGAUCAACAGAUGACGAUGACCACCACGAAGCCGAAUGGCACCAUAGAAACAACUACCAAACAGAUCUACGGCGGCAAGGUAACCACUGGCACUCCUCACAAGAGCGUGAACGUGGAAGAAUACGAGUCAGCGCCGAAAUACACGCACACGGUGACCCAGGGGCACAUCAGAGACAUCAGUCCACAGCCCUUCGAGGAAGGAAUGCUGAUGGAAGGCGGGGAAUACCAGGCGAAGACGGCUAGCGUGCACGCGGUGGUGCAACAGGUGACUAGGCGAGUGGUGAGGAAGACCAGGAGGAUCAUCAGAAAAGUGACGAUCGUGGACGGGAAGGAAACUGCCACCGAGGAGAUCAUAGAGGAGCCAGAGGAGAUAGAGAUCGACGAGAAGAACAUACCGCAUAUAAGCAUCAACGUGGUGAAGCAGGAAGAUCAGAGGCAGUUUGGCAGAGACGAGAGACCCAGCGAGGAGAAGACUCUGGUGGUCGAGGACGUUACCGAUAAAGAGGAGGCGAGAGAAAAGAAGGAAGAGGAGGAUACGAAGGAAGCAAAGUUCGUUCAAGAUGACGACGCUCCGAUGCAAGGACCGUUCUUCGGUGCCUUCGCGAAGGACAUGCACCCGAGCACUGUGUACGUGGAACCGGAGAUAGAAAAGCCGCAAGCUGACACCGAGAAAGGCGUCCUGAUAACCGAAGUGAAGGAAGAAAAGGUUGCAGACGCGGAUGCUACGUUGGAACAGAGUCUGGCGAGUCCGCUGGAACCCCCGGACACUCAAACGAAGCUUCCACGAGACGCGGAGGAGUCUCCACCCGAGAGCCAGUUAGAAAAGAGCGUGGAGCCGGUGGCUGUCGGGGAGAAAGACGAGCCAGUGGACAAGUACGAGCACGAGCACUUCAUGAUCGAGGUAAAUGGCAAAAAGCCCCAUCCGUCGUCGAUCAGUCAGGCGUUCAUCGAUGCUGAAGUGUCCGCUGCUUUGCAGAGUCCAAUCGAUGAGAUCAAGAUACGAGAGACACAGGCGCAGCAAGAGCUGGCCAAGACCCCGAUCGAAUCCGUCUCGGAUGACAUGGCGAGCGUGACUAAAGCGACCUGUAAGUCUGUCGAUGCACCAGUAUCAGAAAAGAGCGUCGCAACACCCGGUAUCGAGCUAGAAGGUCGCACGGUAGAUGUAGAAAAGCACCAUGACACUAGAGGCACCGUAGAUGUACUUGGCAGAAAGCCUUCGAUCGAAAUGCCAGCAAAGGAAGCACCGUCGAUCAAAUCCGCGUCGACGGAAGGUCAAAAGACAGUUCACGUUUCAGAAGAACGACCUGCGCGGAUCGAAGAGGCGGUUGUUGAAACUUCGAGGCCGUUCGAGAGCAAGAAGCCGGAGGAACGGGAAGUCGUACCGAUCAACAUCAAGCAGCAGAUCGUGAAGAACUCCUUCAUCCCGGAGAUCGAUUACUCCGUGGACGAUUACAUGGACGAAGCUUUGAAGCCGGAGUACAAGCCGAUCUUCCACAAAGUGGAGAUAUCUCUGGCCGUGAGGAAGGAGGGAGAAGAGAUGCAGCCAACGGUGUCGGUGAAGAGUCAAGCUGAGCCAGAGGCGGCUCCUUAUCGAAUGGUGAAGGAAGACGUGGACAUAAGCCUGCCGGCAGACAAGGAGACCACGUCGGUGAUCCACGACAAGAUCAUCCAAACGUCUCCACCACUGGCAGAACCUAGAGUGGUCACUGUGGACAAGUCAGUGGUUACGUCGGAGAAAGAAGAAACGGACAAAUCGGUAGUCAUCGUUUUAGAGAAGGAAGAAACUGACAGGUCCGUCAUCACGUCUGAGAAAGAGGAGACCGACAAAUCCGUCAUCACCUCCGAGAAGGAAGAGACCUCCGACGACAUCAUCACGUCGGAGAAAGAAGACGAGUGCCAGACCGAACCCGCGAUGGAACCCGAAUCGGAAACCAUCAUAGAGUUGGACAAGAAGGUCGCGGAAAUUGGAUCACCGAUAUUCUCCAUGGAGACCAAGUCGAGCAUUUCCUUCGUGUCCAACAUCGCGGAUUCGAUAGAGAUCGACGUGGCUCUGUCCGACUCUUCUAAACACAUCAGCGAAACGCCGCAGCCUGACAUCACCGAGAUGCUGAGAUCCAGGCAGCUCGAGCUCUCCUUGAAAGACGAGACGUCGAACGGAGAAGACGGUUACGAGGGUGACCGAACAAUGGUGUCGACCACGACGCCGGAUGACGAGAGCGUGACGAAAACGAAAAGAAGGAAGAAGAAGAAGCAGAGAAUACGAAGCUCCAAAGAGGAAGAGCAGACCGAAUUCCCGAAGACUACCACCGAUGAAGGGGAAUUCACGGACGACCUGGCACCGACGGAGAGCGAGGACGCCAAGGCCACGAAGAAGAAAAAGAAGAAAAAGAAACGGGAAGACAUUGACGUCAGUAAAGAGAAAACCGCUCCGACCGCCACGCUGACAGAGGCAGACACUCAGACCGUUCCUCGAGAGUUCAACGUCGCCGUUGCCACUACGUCUCCGAAGCAGGAGGAAGUGUCGGAAAUUUGCGUUCAGACAUCGCCGUAUUUGUUGGAAGAGACCGAGGUACCGAAAAUCGAGGACGUUCACGAAGAAGUGCAGACUUCGCCGCAAAUUUCGCUCGAAGAAGUGACCAAAGUGGAAGAAAUAACCCAACCCCAGGCGACCAUAAUGGAAGAAGUGACCCAACCCGAGUCGACCAAAGUGGAAGAAGUGAUCCAACCGGAGUCGACCAAAGUGGAAGAAAUGAUCCAACCGGAGUCGACCAAAGUGGAAGAAGUGAUCCAACCGGAGUCGACCAAAGUGGAAGAAGUGAUCCAACCCGAGUCGACCAAAGUGGAAGAAUUGAUCCAACCCGAGUCGACCAAAGUGGAAGAAUUGAUCCAACCCGAGUCGACCAAAGUGGAAGAAGUGAUCCAACCCGAGACGACCAAAGUGGAAGAAGUGAUCCAACCCGAGACGACCAAAGUGGAAGAAGUGAUCCAACCCGAGACGACCAAAGUGGAAGAAGUUCACGCAGAGAUGCAGACGUCUCCAUUGCCAGCUUUCGACUUCGGCAUGCAAACUGUUCCCGAGGAAAAGCCUCAAGCUGAGAAACCGAUUACUCAACAGCACACCGAAAUGCAGACGUCUCCGUUAUCCGUCUCGGACUUUGGUGAGCAAACUAGCACGGAGCAAGCUCCUGACAUAGGAGAAAUAAGUACUCAGACGAUGGAAGCUCCUGUUGUGAAAAUGGAGGAAUACGCAGUUCAAACUAGCCCAGUGAAGGACUAUAUUGAAACAACCGUGGUCCCAGUUGACACAGAGGAGAUACAAGUUCAAACUACAGCCACAGACGUGGUUUCCAUCGAAACGCAGACAUCGCCUACGGCCCCGUUGUUGGAGAUGGAAACUCAGACCGCAGAGAAAGUCGUGAUAGCCGUUGAACAACAGACUUCGCCAACACCGACCGAGAAAGUUCUAACCGGGAUAGCAGUUCAGACGGUAACUCCCGAAGAACCCAAAACCACAGAGACAGAGGCACAGACUAGUAAACCGGCUAGCCCAGAAAAGGCCACGUUAGACUUCAAUAUCCAAGCAGACUUGAUAGAAAAACCGACUGUCCAAGUGGUAGAGACCCAGACAACUCCAAAGCAGAGUCCACGACAGGCUAAAACUCUGGAAACCGAGUCACAGACGAUUCUACCAGAACCAACUGUGGAAAUCAUGAUGCAGACCAGUCCAGUUAUCUUUGCUCCGGACAAAGUCGAUGUUUGCGAGUUAUCCUCGCAGACCAGUCCAGUUACCUUCGCACCGGACAAAGUAGAGGUUUGCGAGCUAUCUGCUCAGACCAGUCCAGUUUCCUUUGCUCCGGACAAAGUAGAAGUUUGCGAGCUAUCUGCUCAGACCAGUCCAGUUUCCUUUGCUCCAGAGAAAGUCGAAGUUUGCGAGCUAUCUGCUCAGACCAGUCCAGUAACUUUUGCUCCAAAGAAAGUCGAAGUUUGCGAGCUCUCUGCUCAGACCAGUCCAGUUUCCUUUGCUUCGGACAAAGUAGAAGUUUGCGAAUUAUCUGCUCAAACCACUCCAGUGUCCUUUGCUCCGGAUAAAGUCGACGUUUGCGAGUUGUCUUCACAGACCAGUCCAGUUAGCUUUGCUCCGGACAAAGUAGAAGUUUGCGAACUAUCUGCUCAGACCACUCCAGUAACCUUUGCUCCGGACAAAGUAGAAGUUUGCGAACUAUCUGCUCAGACCACUCCAGUGACCUUUGCUCCGGACAAAGUCGAGGUUUGCGAACUAUCUGCUCAGACCACUCCAGUGACCUUUGCUCCGGACAAAGUCGAAGUUUGCGAACUAUCUGCUCAGACCACUCCAGUGACCUUUGCUCCGGACAAAGUGGAAGUUUGCGAACUAUCUGCUCAGACCACUCCAGUGACCUUUGCUCCGGAUAAAGUCGACGUUUGCGAGUUAUCCUCGCAGACCAGUCCAAUUAUCUUUGCUCCGGACAAAGUGGAAGUUUGCGAGCUUUCUGCUCAGACCACUCCAGUGAUUUUUGCUCCGGAUAAAGUCGACGUUUGCGAGUUAUCCUCGCAGACAAGUCCAGUUACAUUUGCACCAGACAAAGUCGACGUUUGCGAGUUAUCCGCUCAGACCAGUUUAGAGGAAGUUAAAGAGUCUAUGGACGAACAGUCUCAGACUGUCACGCCGGAGAAGAUAGAGACCUUGGACAGCUCGGUUCAAAUAAAGUCAAGCGAUUUAGUGGAACAAGUGGAAGAAAGUGUACAGAUCAUUCCCGAAACUCGCGAAGAUGCCGAGCAAACGAGCAUCGAAGAGGAGAAACCGUCACUGGUGACGACUUCUCAGCAGACAAGUGGGGUAUUCCAAAUCGCCGAGGAAGCAAAAGACGUUGUAGUUAAGGACGAAAAAGGUAACGUGAUAGAGGCCACGUUGGACGAGAUGGUCGCAGACGUAGAAACGCCUCUCAAGCUUACACAAAUUCCAGUAGCACCUGAUGUACAAGUACAAGAAACUAAGGAACAUUUGGAUACGUUGAGCAGCGAGGAGGUGACAGCGCCGUCUAUUCUGGAGGAACCUCAACGGGAAGUAACGGAAGUGCAGGAUGAAUAUUUACAAGGCACCUCUGAGGGAGUAGAACCCAAGUCAGAGACCGAGGAGUCAGUGGUGACUUCGGUAGAGGAUACUACGACCACUGAUGCCGAUUUUAAAAUACGUUUGCAAACAACCAUUGAAGUGCCCACUAGUGACACCACUGACAGUACCAGUAAAUUGACAGACAGUUCGCAGGACACGACUAUUACCGAGGAUCUGAGUUCCGCGAAGAAGGUAGAGGACAGCAACGUGAUAAAGAGACAGAAACGGAAGAGGAAACACAGGACCAUCGAAAUUUCCGCAGCAGGUGAGAAAGACCUGGAAUCCAUAUUUGGACAACCUGUAGAAUCGCGAGACGUGUCUCCAAAAUACUAUUACUCCGACGUUGCUAAGAGGAACAUAGGCAAAGAGAAGACUCCACCUGACGAGCCUAGUCGGCUGGAAAGAAGUCCUCAAGAGGACGAUGUUCGACAGAAGGAAUCUAAAGUCUUAUUCGAAGAGAGAGUAGACGAGGUUGACGAAGGUAUGCAGGCUAGUACCAGUACGCCAUUCGCUAUGGCGAUGGAGCCCGUGGCCAUUAAAGACACUCAAGACGUCUGGGCUGUAGAUAAAGAGAAACUAACCUUGCCUUUGGAAUCACAAGCUCAACAGGCGCCAGUAUUUGCACACAUGCCUUCGCCGGAACCUAUGGACACUACCGAGGAACCAGUUUCUCCUGUAGACUCGGUUCUGCAGGAAGAAGAGCAACUGAAAAUUCAAACUUUCGCAGACAUCAACAAAGAUCUGAGUAAGAAACUGGAACAAUCUUCCUCGGAAUUGCCUCAUCCCGACGCUGCUCAGAAAGACCCGACCCUAGAGGCUUUCCUGCUGGCUGAGACUGCCGAACAAGACCCUCGACAUCAAAUCACCCCUUGCAGUCAAACGACCAAGGCGAUCUGUUAUCGAAUGCAGAGUCUUCAAAAUGCUAAAGAGCCGAGUCAUUUCGGGAAUAUCCUUCACAUCGCUCAUCUGGACCAAGUGGCGAACGAAAGGCUGGCCGAAGAACGAGCUGCCGACGUGACGAAGUCAUUGUCCAAGCUGAGGGACGCUGUUCAAGAGAAAGAUGCAGCCGCAGUCGAAGAGACUCUGGUUGUCAUCGUGGACACGAUUUCCACUUGGUUGGAGACCAUCGAGUACAGAAUUUUCUUGAGCAAAGAGUAUCCGCUCUCUAGCAACUACAACACCAACGUCGAGCUAGAGGAGGAAGUGACGAAUGUGAGAAAGGAUAUCGUGGAACUGAAUAAUAUCUGGAAAUUGGUAGAGAUGGACUAUCCGGAAGAGGAUCGCAACAACCUGCAGAGGUGUCUCGAUGCUCUGAUGCAUCAAGUCAACAUGAUCGAAGAUGCGACCGAUGACAGAAACAAGUACCUCGCUAAGGAGUUUCUGAGAUGGGACGAAUUCAACGACGUACUGCGUCGUGUAUACAGGUCAAUCGAGGGACAACUGACCGAGCUGAAUGACAUCAACACGUUCGACAUAGUGACAAGCGCGAAGCUGAAGAUACUGGACAUGGUGGAGGAAACGAACCAAACGAACAUGAUGAACACUACCAAGCUGCUCUCCAUUUCCCACGAAUUGCUGUGCGACUAUCCCGAGGAGCACAUCCCGGAAGAGACCUACGUGGCUCACGAGAAGACGAAAGUAAUCAGCCACAGGAUAUGCAUGGAACGUGAACGCCUUCUGCAACUGCAGGCCCUGGUCGAGGAGUACGAACGAACUCUGCAAGAGUUUGCACAGAUCACCGAAAUCGCCAAGAAUUUGUUAGAGAGUCCUAUCUCGGUGAUGAGUCUGGAACACCUGCAGGAGGAGAUGCAGAAGCACAGGAAGUUCUUCGUCAACCUGAAUCACUGUCGAACGAUACUAGAGUCAUUGGAGAGCAACUUAAAUCCCAAGACGAGAACGGAGUACUCGGACCUUCACGAAGAGCUGCACAGCAGGGCUAUAUCCCUGUUAGACAAGGCUGCGUUCAGGACCCAGCAAAUGGCUCUGGCUGCGUCCAGGUGGAUUCUGCUGGAGCAAGGAGUGAAAGAGGAGAGAGGAUGGCUUCAGGUUGCUCAUCAACGAGUACCUGAUCUCCAGACGGUGACGUCGUCUGACUACGACCAAUACAUCUCUCUGUAUCAGUCUCUGGCUACGGACGUCGCCACCCAUCACGCUCGGCUUAUUCAACUUCUGAACGUGGCUCGCAGCCUCCAAGAGCUGGUGAACAUCGAAGAUCCCGUGGAUCGUUACGGAGAAGCUCUAGACGUGAUCGUGAAGCUUCAAGAUAACGUGGAGUCGUCGUUGGGGAAACUGCUGGCGUUCAAAGAAAACUGGUGCAACCAGGAAAUACUGAUGGACCGACUGGAAAACUGGAUGACGACUGUGGAAAGGGAACUGAGCACCUUCCGUGAGCCUUCCGUGGGUCACAUACGUCAAUUCUGUGAGCUGAAAGCCCAGUACGAGGUGCACAGCAACAUACUAGAGACAGCCAACAACAGCUUCGAGCAGGCUCUGAAAAUAAUUCCCCUGUCGGACGAAAUGUUGCAAAGACAGUUCCACAGCGAGAUCCAGGAUCGCUGGAACAACGUGAGCCAGCAGAUCGACAACAUCCAGGAGCACUUCACCCAAAACAUCUCCUCCGAGGAGAUCUCGUCGAACGAGAAGCUGAAACUGCUCGAGAGGGAACUGAACGAACUACGAAUGACCAUCGACAGUUUCCACGGCGUUCUGAAGACCGAGGAAGAGCUGGACCUCUACAUCGAGCGUCUGACCGUCCUGUUUGAUAGGAUCUGCCUGAUCCAAGACGAGCUAGGUCGUCUGGGUCUACUUCCCGUGGCGGAAAGCGAGAAGGUUGGUGUCCUGUUGUCCUCGGCUCGCAGAAUAGAGUGUCAGAUCAGCGAGGAACUGGACGCAGCUCAGCUGCUGAGGGAGAAGCUUCAGACCAUCGAGCGUGGCCUUAGCCGCGUUAGGAAAGCUCAUCAACGGCAAUCAUUUAUAUUGGACCAAUGCGAGGGAAGCGAGCGUCAGGGCAGCGACGUGGUCGCAGCUGCUGUGGAUCGGUGUCAAACCGUGGCUGACGAACUCGCCAUUUUGUGGCAGGAUAUCAUGGGUCUGAGACAGCUCUUGCAUACCCUACCCACCAUAAUGAGAGUCUCGGUCUCUCCGGUCAGCGUUGAACGAGACAUUUCUAAUCUCCAAGACGCCCACACCGAUCUGGAGGCUAGAUGCUCUCGAUUGACAACGUUGCUGAAGAGCAGACUCUCCUUGUGGAGAAGGUUCGAGAAGCAGCUAGAGAUGGUGCAGCAGUCGGUGCAAGAAGCAGACUACAUGAUGGAGCUGUUAACCGUACAGGGACCCGUGAAUUAUGACAGGCUACUGAAAGCCACCGAAAGGCUAGAGGGUCUCAGCGGUAAUUUGGGCGCGCUAGACGUUCUCAUUGGCGAAUUACGAGAGGCUGCCGAACCUCUGCGGGAGGGUUGCUCUGCAGAGGUCCGCGAGAAGGUCGAAGCGGCGGUAAAUGAGGCCGUACAGGCCUGGGAGGACACCAGGGCCGAAUUAGAUGCCCUUUGCACCAAGUAUCAGCACGCGUGCAGAUUGUGGCAACAGUACAAAGACUCGAGUGCCGCGGUUCAGGCCUGGGUGGACACGCAUAUGGACAACGUCGCUGACCUGCCACCCGAAGAGGCCGUCAAACACAUCAAGAAUUGCGAGAAAACGAUGGCGGAGCACAAGGAGCGGUUAGUGGAGCUUCAGGGCCUGGUGGUGCAGAUCGGGUCGGACGUGGGCCCGGACGCUAGUGCCCCGUUGCACGGCGAAAUGGAGGCCCUGGGACAGAAGUUGGACCAGAUCCGUGAGACGCUGUCGUGUCUCGCGGACGCGGCCGACGCCCGCGCACUCAAUCAAGAGCUUGCAGGUGGCGAUCUACGUCAGACGAAAAAUUUCCUGGACUCGGUCCAACAGAGUCUGACCGCGGUGAGUCAAGGCGAGUCGAGGGAGCAACUGAAGCUCCUGCGUAAUCAGCUUCUCGCGCUGACGUGCACGGAACCGCAGCUGCAGUCGAUCAAGGAACGCAGCCUGAAGGAGGUAUCAGCCCAAAAGUCCGUGGUCGAAGUACUGCAACUGUGGCAGAAGGUGUUCAGAGAAACCUUCCAAGAGUAUCAGCGUUUGUCCGCUCGUCUGGUGAAAACGCAGGAUGGUGCUACUGCUUUAAAACUCUGGCAGGAGUACCUGUUCCACGUGCAGGACUUCCUGUCCAACGACGUACGCGGCGACUACAGCGGUCUGUCGGAACACAGGAACCUCUGCGAGAUUCAUCGGAACCUGCUCACCGAUCAACAAAAGCUCAUCAGCACGGUUCGAGCGGAGGAAACCGGUAACCUGUCGACGACCGAGCUGUUCAACAUCCUGACCAACCUACACAACGAGACUCUGGCUAAGAUCACGGAGAGACUCGCGACGGUACGCGACAGAUUGGCAGCUUGGGACAGGUACAAGGCGGACCAGAGCAAGGUGUUGGAAGUGCUGAAAGCGUUCGAGAGAGAAAGAGGUCAGUUGCAUCUCAGGUUCAUCCAUCUACGAAGGUUGGAUGACAUCCUGCUGAGGAUAGAAAGGAUACUGGCGAGGGUACCGUACGGCGAGUCGGAACUCAGGUCUCUGCAGGAGCAACAGGAAAGCCUGUCGAUCAAUUGCGACGAGGCAUUGGCAGUGUCCAUCCGCAUGGAGCACGCGGCUGACGCUCAGAGGCUGGCCAGUCUGAAGGCCAGUCUGGAGACCUGGAGAGACUUCAUUCAACGGAUACAGAAGCUGUACGCGAAGUACAAGGAACAGACGAAAGGAAUCAGCUCGACUUUCGACGAGAUCAGCCAGGCUCUCAGUAUUGCGUUCCACGCGAAGCCUGCGAGUCUGUCGAGGACGAAGGAGCAGCUGGAAUCUAUACAGAGGCUACAGCACAGGCUGUCCGGCAUGACUACCGAUAUAGAGUCCCUGUGCGUGAUCACGGAGCAACUGAGAGAGUGUCUCAGCCCGUCUGACAUGAAGUCGUUGAAUCAGCAACGAACGAUACUGUGCCAGCAGCACGGAGACCUGGAACACCAGGCAGCGUUGCUGAUCUGCAGACUGGACGAACGUUGCGGUCUCUACGAUCGCUGCAGGGACAGACUGAACAGAUUACUCAGGUGGAUAGAAGAAACGGAGAGCAGAAUCCAAGACUGCGACUCGAUGGCACCGAACGAGCCCGAGGUGACUUUCAAGAGACUGGAGUGCGAGCUGCAGGCGGAAAUCGCGUUGAAACAGCGCGAGCUGCUAUGGGUGCAGAACACUGGCCAAGAUCUGAUAGACGUAGCCGAGGAAGAGGAAAACAUGGCGCUGCAGCGUUCCCUGGACGAAUUGAACGAGAGAUGGAAUCGAUUGCUGGUCACGCGUAUAGCCAGGGCUAGCAAGCGGGUGGAUCUGAUGAAAACCAUGAGCACGUUGGAGAAGAGGAUAAACGAGUUGAGGACCUGGCUGGCCAGCGUCGAGGCUCAACUCUCGGAGACGUUCGUGAUCGAGACGAUCGAGCAGAGCUGCAUCGACAAGAAGCUCGCGGAUCACGAGCAGCUUCAGAAGUCCAUCGAAGCUGAAAGCGGGAAUAUCGGCGAGGUGUUGAACCUCUGCGAGAUCCUGGGAAUGGAGGGCCUAGAGCGCAGAUGGACGACUACUUGCGUGAAAUCUGGCGAGAAGAAAGGCAAGAUCAUCCUGGCCUGGAAGAUUCUGCAGGAACUGGAGAGAAUCAGGGGCGAGCACGAAAAUUGGCUGGAGGAGACGGACAGGGCGCUCUCGGAAUUGGAGAACAACCUGGACGAGAUCUCGAAGGAAGAGUCAAAGAAUGCUAUCGAGAGAGCGAGAAGUAUUUCCGAAGAUAUCGAGUCGCACGAGCCGGUGAUCAAGAUAAUAGAGCAGAACUUUGGUCGUUUGGCUAGAACAGGCAUGGAACCAGAUAAUCUGAAGAUGCUUAUCAGCGCCACUAGACGACUUAUCGAUAAAUGGCAGACGUUGAAACCCAGAGCGAACGCCGUUCUAUUGGCUCUCCAGCAAGGACAAAAGAAUUAUCGAGACUUCAUCACGGUACACGGCGCGGCGGUCGUCGGGUUGACGCAAGUAGACGUUCGAUUGACCAGAACGCAACACCUGGCCACGCCUGAGCAGAAGGCCUCGAUACGUCGCAGGCUACAGCAGCUCAACGAGAUCGAGGAGGAACUUCGUACUCAGAACAUCACGUUGCAGAAGGCUGACGAGUUGGCGUUGAAGGUUAUGCAAGAAUGUCAUCCGGAUGACGUGGCGACUAUCCAAGAACUGGUGGACGAGUAUCAGCUGCUAUGGAAGGACAUCAAGAAGAGAGUUGCCUCGUUGAGAGCGGAGAUCGAGGGACAGGAGAAGCUCGAGGUUGACGAGGCUGUGCAGGUAGAGACUCUCAAGUUCGAACAGGACACCGCUGUCCAAGUGGACACUUUGCCGAAGCUGUUAAGGAUGACAUCGAGCGACGCGUAUCUGAUGGAACUGGAAGCUGCUCUCAACGAGUGCAGCGUCGCUUUGGACACGUUGGAGGCGGCCAUUACCCCGGAUCCUGUCGCUGGACCUGGAUUAAACGCGGCUGCAAAGAACAUAAGCAAACUGAUAGGAAGCUGUCAAUCGACGAUAGAACUCGUCCGCCAUUUGCACGGAUUGCUGAUAGAAGGCGGAAAACUGAGCCCUCAGGCUGCCAAGGCGCCCGAGGUAGCAGCGCUGUCGACCAGAUACGAGAAUCUCCUGAUACUAGCGAGAACGCGUGAACAACAGAUCAGAGAACUCAGCGACAAUGGAAGACUAACCUGUCCACUGUGCUCGCGUCGCAACUGGGCUCAGCUGGAGAACGACCUGUGGAGGCUGGAGAUGUGGCUGGAGUUCGCCGAAGGCACCCAGAGCGAACAGCAUUCGCCACCGAGUAACAUAGAGCAGUUGGAGGACAUUAUACACGAUCACAGGGAGUUCGUGCUGGAUCUGGACUGCCAUAGGAGCAUCCUGGUCAGCUUGAACACCGUGGGUGCUCAUUUGGCCGACCACACGGAGGACCUGUGCAGGGCUACUCAGCUGAGGGACAGACUGACGGUCGCGAAUACGAGAUGGGACAAAGUGUGCAGCACGGCUGCACAGUGGCAAGAACAACUGCAAGUGGCGUUGAUGUCGAACCAGCAAUUCCAUCGUAUUAUAGAGGAGUUGCUCAUCUGGCUGGAGAAAACUGAAUGCAGUAUACGAGCCAGCGAGCCGGUCGAUCUGACCGAGUCGACGGAGAUCAUGACAGCCAAGUAUAAUAAAUUCAGGGAACUGAGGAGCGACCUGGAGAGGUGCGAGCCUCGAGUCCUGUCGCUCCAGGAGUCAGCGAACCAGUUGCUGGACGAGAAAGGCGAAACCAGACCACGCCUACAGGAACUGCGGCUCAGAUUGCAGUCCCUUCGCAGGCUGACCGGGAUAUAUGCCUUGAAACUAGGAGCAGCCCUAGGAAUGGACCCACGAGACGUCGGCCUAGCAGCCACGACGUCUUCUCUCGCUUCCCUCUCUCACGAUCUGCUCGACGAAGCUGCCUCUGGAACCGUUCAGCCCACCGACGCACCUGGCACAGAUGGUGACGACGGCGAACGCACGGUAUUGUCUCGGGGAUACCGUUUCCUGGGGCGAGUGUUGCGCGUUUCCUUGCCGAUCCAGGCUCUGAUGCUGCUGUUCCUCGGCGUCGCCUCUCUGAUGCCGUCCGCCGAAGAAGACUACAGCUGCAUGCUGUCCAACAAUCUCGCCAGAAGCUUCACGCCGAUGGUGGUCUAUCCGAACGGGCCGCCGCCGAUCUAACGAUAAAGAAGCCUAACCUCGGACUCAUCGACUUCGCCGGAGGCAGAAGAACGUUCAACCGGAACAUCCAGAGGAGUCGCGCGAAACGGAAGCGCGAGAUCGCGCAGGAUCUGCGCACCUACUUAACUAGUCUGUCGCACGCCGAUCUGUCGAUCCUGUCGAGCAAUCGAUAACAACAGAUCCGUUCUUUUCUUACGUUAACGUUACCUUAGACACGAUAUUACGUUGUAUAGACAUAUAAAACGUUACGGAGAACGUUUGUACUUGUGCAUAAGGCACGCGUUACGGACCAAACGAUCGUCGCACGGUACGACCCCUAGAAUCCGUUUACCCAUCGUUCCGUAUAAUUGUGAUGUUGGUGCAAUAUUUGCAUAAUACCCUUGUCCCAGAAACCACGAAGAGUCGACAUUUCAGGCGAGAACUAUGUCCACGAGAAUGUAACUCGGCCUCGAUUGCACUGUUUGCAUACACUGUAAUCGACGGAUCUGUUUCCGGUCCCCGAUCUGUUUAGCCCGACAUUCCAUGUAACAUUACCGCGUUUGUAUUUAUACGUACACAUUGUAGAUAUCGUUUCGUUGAUAAUCGUUAAUUUACCCUUGAUCCUUCUACUUUACACCACCCCUUCACCUCCCUCCAUCUUCUUUUUUCCGUUUUACUCUACACACGAUCGGGAUGAUGACGAUGAGAAUGAUGAGCGUGCGCGUGCGAGAAUGUGUGAGUGCGAGAAGGAAGGAUUAAUGUGACAUGGAAUGCGCGAGAAAACGUUGACGAUUAAAUUCUAUUUACGAUUAUUAUAACGAUAUAACGAAUCGCUUGCAUUGUGCACUCUCAGAUAACGCGAAACGAGACGGGGUGGCGAUAUAAUAUUGAACGUACUUGUAGAACCUUUCAGUUUCGCGAUUUUUGCGUUAGCACGUAACGAAAGGGGAGAAAUAUAAGAAUAUAUACAUACUUGUUCGACUUUAUUUUUUAUACGUUGCGUUUAUAACACGACAGUGUAGGA